UGCAUGUGUUGUUGUGAGACCCAGUCAUGGGCGGAGAGGAGCUCCAGACCGACGCAGGGAGGAGAGGGGGGGGGGGUGCCCCGCCCCUCGCGGACACGUUGCCCAGGGAGAGGCUGCACGGGCUGCACGGGCUGCACGGAGCUCCCGCCCGCCCGCCUUCUACGGGACGUCCACGUUUUCGGCGUCCCGUAGCCUCUCUUCCUCUCUUCGUCUGCUGGUCUCAUGGUCUCGCUCCACCGGGAGUGAGCUCGGUCCGUCAGCGCGUGCACCGUCCGCUGCAUGUCCGUCACUCACCGAGCCGGGACGGGGAAGACACGGUUCACUUCUGGUCCGUGAUGCUCUCUGCCGGCUGAGAGUCCAGCUCCAACAUGUCCACCUCAGACUCGGAUUACUCCAUCGACUGGCUCGCCAGCGAUGAGGAGGACUACGACGGCUUGAAAAGAUCAAGUCCUCCGCAUGCAGAGGAGUCGCCGUUGCCUCCAUCAUCCACCUCCUCUUUAAGAGAGUCCCCUAAAAGCUGCUCCCCCUCCCAGCAGAGGAGGAGGAGGAGGAGGGAGUACUGUGACUGGACAGAUGAAGGCCGCCGUGGGGUCGAGGCUGACUCUCCAGCGCCCACUCCACUUCAGGGAUUUACGUCUGUUUGUGAGCAGCUCUCUGUGGAGUCAAAGCACCACUCGACUAGGAAGAGAGCCCACAGCGCUGGUUCGGACCGACUCUGUGAAAAGACUCAGCCAGACUCAAAAAAUGAACUAUUCUCCCAGAAGUGCGUGGAGCUGCGCUGCUACGUCCAGCCUCUGUCGGCCAUCUUGCGGGGCCUGAGAGCCGGAAGGUACUCCGAACGUCUCAGCAGUUUCCAGGAGAGCGUCGCGAUGGACCGCAUCCAGAGAAUAAUGGGGGUCCUUCAGAAUCCAAACACGGGUGGACGUUUCCUCAGCAUCAUACUGAAGAUAGAACAAAUGCUUCAGAGUUGGUUCCCUCACAUCAGACCAGUCCUGACGCAGACAGACGGCUGCACUCCGGCUAAGAAGCAAAGGCAGCUUCAUGCCUCCCCUCCUCCAUCCUCAGACUCCUUCCCCCACCUCAAAUGUCUCCACACGUCAGCCAUCUGCUCCCUGAAGACGCCUGAAUCCCCGCUAGGCCAGACCUCCGCCUCCCGUCUGCCCGCACGCUGCAGCCAGGAAGUGACCCAGGACAACACCGUCUCCUCCAGCACCGACUCCUCCCACUCGGGGCCCCUGCUCCACCUCAGCCGGGGGACGCUCCCCUUCAAGAUCAGCUCGCCGUGUCUGGAACGACUCCUGCGGGCUCAGGAGAGCAUCGUUGCUCCCAGGACUGUGGGAGAUGGAGGCUGGUUGUCUUGAGAGAGAGAGGGGGGGGGGGGGGGGGACGCUUUAUGUGCUGUGGUAAAAAUCAGAGGCUGAUCCGGAUGAGACAGGAUCUCAUCGUGGUCUCCCAUGAGGAUUCAAGGCCUU